AUGCCACGAGUCCUGUCGCUGAAGAAGAUCAAGGGGAAGAAGGAACAAGCUCAUCCUAAUUCGCGCAAGGCCAACCAGAUUCAACGUGCUGCUCUUCGCGAUGAGCGCAUCAGCGCAGCCACGACCCAACGCGGUAAAGAGCACAUGAAAUUUGUCAAUCGAAUUGGAUUUUUCAAGAUUGCAGCCAUGUCGAGUGAUAGUCCGACCAUCGAUGAUGCUCAGGCGAGAGUGCUUGUGCAGACUUAUAUCGAUCGCAACAAGGGAGAGCAGGAAGAUCUGGCUGCCGCACGCCGACCCGGACGACCAAGAUCCUCUAGAGAAGAUCAGCUGCAAAUGCUCUAUGAUGUGGAGAUGAGUGAAUUCAAAUCUGGCUUCAAGAUUCCCGACAUGAAGGAUGAUGGCAAUGUAGCCACGCUCAAGGAGUGGCCAGGUGAUUACGGUGGCCUGCAAAAGAUUAGCAUGGUGCUCUUGCAAAUGGAUCCAACAGCCGCUGUGCGACGUGCCGACGGUGCGAUGGCGUCCAGAUGA